GUCAAAUAUUCCAAAUUUAAUUAAUUUCCCCCGUGUACUCUCUGCGGUUUCAGCGCCGGCGCCAUGGACGGAGAACACGGCGACGGGCGGCUGGUAGUGAGGGGUAGGGCGGAGAUCGACACCAGAGCGCCGUUCAAGUCUGUCAAAGAAGCAGUCAUGUUGUUCGGAGAAAGAGUUUUGGUUGGGGAAAUUUAUGCCAAUAAAAUCAAACAAAUAUCUUCAGAAAAUGAAGCGGGACAAUCACAAACAAGAGUGGGAGCCUUAAGAGAGGAGCUGGAAGGAACAAAGCAAAGCCUAGAGAAAGCCAAAGAAGAGAACGGGCUACUGGCCUUCUACGUCCAGUCUUUGACGGACGAGCUCGAGCGCACCAAAAUUGAGCUCCAAAAGCUCAAACCACCGCCGCACCAAAACCACCAGCUUUCGCCCGUGCCACCAAUAAUGCCAUUGCCAAUCCAUCCCGACGUGGACGAAGAUCUCAAGUUCGUGGAGAACGAAAAACAGAGCAGCAGCAGCACUAAUAAUAAUAAUAAUAAUAAUAAUAAUGCCGAAAUUAAAGGACCGACGACCAUGACGACGUCGUUUCAGAAGAAUAAGAGAUACGUGAAAUUUGCGAGCCCUCCCGAGCUGAACCGGAUCAUCGUUGGUAAGGCCGCCGAUGAAGUGGGCGUGGCGGCACAAACACCGUCGCCUCCGGCUUCUGUUAAAAGGCCAAAGAAGAAGACGGCGGUCCCUUUGAUUGGAUGGCUUUUUGCUCAAAGGAAAGGAAAUCGAGAAGCCUGAUUAUCAGUUCAGCUCAUUAAUUUGCCCGAUCUGCUUAUUUUUUGCACGCCUUUUUUUAUAUUUUUUACUGUCAAAAUUGGUUUCUUUUAAAAAAAGUUGCUAAGUUUGGAUUUUAUUAGUUUUCGGUCCUAAGAACCUACGAACUCUACAAAUAGAGAACAAGAUGUCUACAUUAGUUGAGAACUUAUACGGUAAGUUUCCACAGUGAGAAUAAAAGUUUCUUUGUACUA